AUUCAACACAAAGUUGUCCACUCACCCACCUCCGAUGCCUCAAUCAAUGUUAUGCGAGGCAUCUAAUAGAGGUUUGAUAGUUUUUUUCACCCAGAAACUCGCUUCUGUACAUCGUGAGCCCUGAACGCUAACUGAUGACGUCGAGUAAUUUGAGUCAAACGAGUUGACAGAGUAUUGUUUUUGGUGGCAAGGGCCUCCCUGGGAGGUGAAGAAAUGACCAUGGCCGCAGGUGAAGGCGCAGAUAUUGCGUUGUUUUUUUGUGACAGCUUCCUGUCAAAAAGGUUCAAAGCUUACAAGAGUUAAUCUGGAAGCAACUGGUAUUGCGUUUGUUGCGACCAUGUGAGCCUCCAAGACAACAAUAAAGCACUUCCGCAGAUAUACCACGCGUUUGCAAAUGAGAUCAAAUAGCUCGAGUGUGCAGGGGCUGAACAAGGGUUACGAGAAAUAAUGUAUCUAUUCGAACAGAGAUGCAUGCAAGUCCAUGGACCGCAAAUCAAAUAAAUAUGUCUAGGCUAUCUGCCUUCAUCGGUUCGACCCCUCUGUUUUUCACCACCUCCAGACAAGUCCUGAAUCUGCCGCUGCUAUUCCGUUUCCCAUCAUUCCGCAUUGCAGCCAUCAAAACCACGCGUGAUUAGCUUGCUCAUCAACUACACCAAAAGAGCCCAACACCAUGCGCGUCACGGCAACGUUGGUCUGCAUCCUCCCCCUCGCCCUCGGCGCCCGGCUCCUCAAAGCCCGCGGCGGCACCCCUCUCAACUCGUACAUCGUGGUGCUCAAGGAAACAUACAACGGCGGCGAGGUGACGAUAUCCGACGUCGAGGACGGGCUGGGAGACGUCAACAAGUCGCAGACGUACACGAGCGCCGUCGGGUUCAGGGGCUUCGCGGCCAAGCUCAACGCCACGCAGCUGGACGCCCUCAAGUCCUCGCCCAAGGUCGACUACAUCGAGGAGGACGCCAUGGUGCACAUCAGCGGGUCCGUGACAUCCCAGACCGGCGCCGACUGGGGCCUCGCGCGCCUGUCGAGCCGCGCGCCCAACGACACCACGUACAGGUACGACGCCACGGCCGGGACGGGCACGUGUGCCUACGUCAUUGACACGGGCAUCAUGAUCGACCACUCCGAGUUUGAAGGGCGCGCGACCUGGGCGGGCAACUUUGUGGACAAGAACGACACGGACGGCAACGGGCACGGCACCCACGUGGCCGGCACCAUCGGCGGGGUGACGUACGGCGUGGCCAAGCAGACGAGGCUGUUUGCGGUCAAAGUGCUGGACUCCUCGGGGAGCGGGACCAACUCCCAGAUCAUCGCGGGGAUGAACUUUGUGGUGCAGGACGCGCCCAAACGCAACUGCUCCAAGGGCGUGGUGGUCAACAUGUCGCUGGGCGGCGAGCAGUCGACGGCGGUCAACUCGGCGGCGCGCGCCGUGGUGCAGGCGGGCUACUUUCUCGCCGUGGCCGCGGGCAACGAGUCCAACGACACCAAGCUGUACUCGCCGUCGUCCGAGGAGAGCGUGUGCGCGGUGGGCGCCACGACGCGCAACGACUCCAUGGCCUCGUACAGCAACUUCGGCGCCGGCGUGGCGCUGUUUGCGCCGGGCAGCGACAUCAAGUCUGCGUGGAACGACGGCAAGACCAAGAGCAUCUCGGGCACCAGCAUGGCCACGCCGCACGUCGCAGGCCUGGGGGCGUAUUUGAUGGGCAUCCGCGGGCCGAUGAGCGGCUCUGCCGUGUGCGACCUGGUCAAGAAGUCGGCGCUGAGGGGCAAGGUCUCGGGGCUGCCGAGCGGGACGGCCAACAGGCUUGCUUAUAAUGGUGGUGCUUGAGUCUGAUGGGGGAAUUGGGAUUUAAGGGGUUGUGAAUUGGGCAAAGUGAAAAAAAAGAAAGAGGUUAAGCGGCUCAUGAUGCAUGUGUUAUAC